UGCAUAUGUGUAACACGCACGUGCAGCAAGAAGCUACAUGGAAAUUUGCAGACAUCGUGAUACGCUUGAUUCACCUAGCUCACGCAUGAGGAUUUCGAUCUUUUCGUGUGCGCUAAAUUCAAUUUAUAAUUAACACGUGGUGCAUAUUACUUCAUACGUUAAUUUCUAGCAAAAAAGAACGUUUUCUUGGUAUAUAUUGAUGCUUGACAGCAUAGUUCCGUUAAUUGGCACUCCUUUCGGUCAAACGUGUCAUGAACUUUGAAGACAUGAAAAAGCAGACGAAACCUGAGGUCUUCUUGGAUCAUUAUCUUGGAACCAUUGGGCUUUGGAGAAAACCGAUUGCAAGGGAUGGACUUUCAUUAUUUCGUGCAGUUUCUGAACAGCUUUUCAUGACACAGGUCUACCAUAACAAUCUGUAUGAAGCUUGCAGAAUUGUUUUCUUUCAUCUUGCUAAAGACCCAGAGAAGGAUUGGAACGAACAUGAGGUCAUGAAGAUAUUGUCACGCAUGUACAGAAAAGACUUUCUCAUCUAUGAGUCUGUAGGACAGCCACCAGUGCCUGGGUCCUUCAACAACUUUGAGGCAAAGAUUCUUCUCUGCCGAGUGAGUGAGAACCAGCUUGACUCUGUCUACAAGAUGUCCUUCCAGCAACAUGCUGCUAUUUGUCAAUCCAUUGUGUAUGAGGUACUUUACCGCAAUGUAUUCAAGUUAGAUACUGAACUGACUGAAGCAGUAUCAUUAAUAAGAGACCAGAACAAACACAAAAUCAGCAUGCUUUCGAAUGGGUUUGAUGGCAUGGAAGAGGAAUGUAUACACAAAAUCCAUAGCCUGCAAUUGGCAUUCAAGGAACCUCAUCAUCGAAAGCCAUCUCCGCCUGUGCCAUAUCGGAUAGCAAAAGCCUUAGACCCAAGUAUCUACCGCAACGUUGAACUGGAUAUUUGGGAAGAAGAACGCAGAGAACUGAAAAAGGAGUCCCCCGAGUACAGAAAACGAUUUUCUCUUGGUGACAAAUGUCAGGUGAUUUUGGAAGGUGCUCACUAUCAUGGACAUAUACAGGAGAUAAAUGACAAUACAGCCAUUGUCUUCAUACAGGAACUGGGUCAGAAGAAAUCUGUGUUGAUCAGCAGUUUAAAAACCCCCCACUCAACAAGGUAUCGGUGUCCCUCAACUGCCAGAUACUUCCAGCACAAACAGGAUUCGCCCAUAUCAAGGGAGGAGUUUCUGUCCCAUGGUUACUACAGUAACCAGACAGUCUCCUACACAGGUGGCAUGUCCAUGAUAAAGCCUGGCAGUGUUUCACCCCCAGCAAAUUACAAGUAUACAUCUGGCUACGUCUACCAAGGAGACUACAGGCAUAAAGUGGAGCAGACUCCGAUGUUGACGAGUGGCCUGAUGGAGACGUACAGCCAGCAGACCCCAGUCUACCCAGUCCAGUGGCAGGAGGUGGGCGGGGUAUACCCGGCCUACAGUGCUCCCCUGGUGACCAACGCCAACCAGACGUAUUCCUGCGUGUGCAUUCCCCACUUGGACAGCAUCUCCAUGAAGGACGUGAACAUCAACUGUCAGCCAUCCCAGGACACCCACGGCAAGGACCUGCCUGAACUGAACACCCUACGUUUCUUCUUCAACCUUGGUGUUGAGAACUACCGCGUGUUCAGCCAAGGGGGUUCCAACUGGUCAACAGUAGAGAUGAACAACACGGGCUACAUGUCCCCUGGCAGCAUGCUGAUGGCCGACCAGGUCAACGGCAACCAUCCAGCCACGUACGCCCUGCCCCCUGCCAGGUCCCAGACCCAGCUGCCAGAUCCAGCGUCCAGUAACCACGGUAACCACACAUCUCUUUCUUUGCCUUCAUCAUCUGUCAUUCAAAAUUCUAACGAGACUAUGAAAGAGUUGCCAGUGGGGGGCAAGGCAGUGUCUCCAUGUGUACAAGGUGUAAUGUGCCCUGCUGCUUCUCAUGAAGAGAUGUUAGACAGCAAUGACUCUGGCUGUGACACUGAAAGCUCGGGCAGUCACCAUAGCGAUGGCAGCAGCCUCAAGGAGGUGGAAGAGACGGCCAUGGAGCUGGAACAGCAGCUCGACCAAUAUAUUGCUCACGAGGAGGAGGGGGAGGGAGAACACCCCAUGGCUGGUAGCAUGCAUGAGGAAGCUGGAGCUAAGCAAAAGGGAAAACGGAAAUAUUACAUGUAUCGAAACCUGAAGCUAGUGAAGCCAAUAAAGGAGAUUCCACCUCGUUACCUGUCCCUACUGUCCCAGCUGAGCUCAGAAAAGAGCAGGUGUGAAGGGGAGCCCAUUGUUGUACCCUUCUUGCCUCCUAAACCCUAUCAUAGGGCAAAUUACCAUGCACCUAGUACAACAGCACAUAAUACCGUUAAUGGUUGUACCACAUUUAACCCACUGGCUAAAAGCUUCUUACCCAAAAAUCCUGUUCUGCAUGAUCCAAGCAUCAUUGCUUGUGGUGGUAAUUAUAGCGAGGCUGACCAGCCUGCAGCCAACCACAACUCUGGUGUUGGCAAGCUGCCUGCUUCUUCUGUUUGUUGUAGUACACAGUAUAACCCUAGCAACUGUUACCCUGGUGAUGGAUAUAAAUAUAGCAUGCCUCCUUGUUUCUCCACAGGUCCUGGGUCAGUAUGUGCACCGUACCCUGGCAGCAUGCAAUACCCAAUCAUGUACAGUGCAGGGGUCCCUUUCACAGGGGCAUAUGGUUCCACUGCCCCUGCACCAUUGGGCAUGUACAUACAGCCCCAGAACUGUAAUCUCCAGCCUAAAGUUAUGACCCAUGCCCCUGUGCAAGCAACCCAGUGAAUGACUCUAAACUUCACAUUGAUUCUUGUUCUUGUUUCAUUAGUUUUGUUUGUUGUUAGAAUUUAUUCUUAUUGUAGUUUAUAGUAUUUUACUUGUGAACAUUCUAUGUUGUGUGAUUAUAAUACCAAUCUUAUUAUUACUGUCAUAUGUGACUCAUUUUCAAACAAAUAAUUUAAACAGUUCUUAGGGCAAAUGCUAGCAAACAAAAUAAGUGUCUUUUUUCAACUGAUUUUUUUAACCAUUGAAAUAAACUUGAUCUGAAAUGUCUGUACCCCAAGUUUUAUUAUUUUGGCAUGACAUAGUAUUCUCUUAUAUAGUUACUGUUAACAUGUUCACAUAUCUUAUCCAUAGAAAGCCUAGUACACUUGAUGGCAAAUACAACAUAUUUGAGAAAUACUUUCCCGAUACAUGUAUUAAAUAAAGUGGCAUAGCCAUAGUUUAUUUACUGUUGUACAUUAUGUAAGAAACACUUAUUGCCUUUUAUGGAUGUGCAGUGCACACUGGAGCUACAUUGUAGUUUCUAUUUAAACGUGGCUGAAAACCUGUGAUUGUAUUUCUAAACACUUAGCCUUGAUGUAGAAUCAUCAUCUUUUUGAUGCCAUUUACAUGGUCUGUUUGUUGCAGGCCACAAAAUUCAACAAACAUGAGUGAACAAUUCAUCUACAGAAUGUAAGAGGCAGCUCGACUGCUUUUAUGGUCAGGGAAUUUCUGUAGAUGUUUUUAUUAUUUACUUCUGACAUAUUCUGGGAACUGGUUGGUACAAAUAAAAUCAUUGUGAUUAAUUUAUCAUGACAAGUUUUUAUUGUAAUGUUUAAAGGACCAAGCAUUAAAAGGGCAAGGCAGUCUUUUCCAAAGAGGAAUACAAAUUAUGAUAAGUUUUUUAAUGGGUAGUCUUUAAUUUAAAUGCUGUUCAUCAUUGUCAACAAAUUUUGAUGCAUGUGCACUAAAAUUGAAACGGCUUCAAAUAUUUUUGUGUUGGAUUGCAAGUGCAGUAUUUUGAAUUUAUAUUUCACAAAUAUAAAGCUGCAGUAUAACAUGUUUGUUUCAUGAUUAUUUUAUGCUCAAUAAUUAUAUGCAUUUAUUUUGUGGACAUAAAACAUAUCUAGAAAAGUUUAUUUGUUGUGAAAUAUAAUUUUAAAAAGUAAGUGCUAGAUGAUUAGUUUGCAUAUCUGUAUUGACUUAAUUUCUACAGCCAAGAGCAGUUUUUAUUAUGCCCACUACGAAAGACAUAAACAUAUUUUGUUUUGUUUAGGUCUGUUGGUAGAUCCCUUUGAUAACCACUCACUUAGAUCAAUAUUUAAAAUGUGAGGAAAAUGUUUGUUGUCCUUCAAUCUUUUUUAUUGUUUAUCUGCUAAUUUGAUCAGUUUCUACAUUUAAUUUAAACAGAUUAAAAAUAGCCCUACUACCAGAAGGUAGGGAUUGCUAUGGGAACUAGUUUGCCUGGUUAGUCUGUCUGUUCGUCUUGAAACAUGUCCAGAUUAUUUAACUUAUGCUAACCUAUGUCAGAUGCUGUGUCACAUGCCAGUUCUACGUGGAUGCCUUUACUUUCAAGAUUUUGCUUUUAGGUCAAUAGUAAAAUUUGAGGACUUAGUUGAAUAAAUAUAACUAAAGUCUUGUCCACUGUAUAGCUUGACCAUGCACUGAAUGAUUGUAAAGAAACUGCACUAAUUUUCCCCACUUUGAGUCGGUAUGUUAAGCACAAAUACCAUAUAGAUACCUUCAAUGUCGAGAUCAUAUUUUAUGUUCAAAAUACAAACUGCCAUUCAUUUACAAAUAUUAAAUUACAUGUCAAGCACACAAACUAUAUGGAUACCUUCAAUGUCAAGAUCAUAUUUUAAGUCUAAAUUUUAAACUGUCAUUCAUUUACGGAUAUUAAAGUACAUGUCAAGCACAAAAACUAUGGAUACUUUCAAUGUUAAGCUCAUAUUUUUAGUUCAAAAUUCCGACUGCCAUUCAUACAUGUAACAUGACAAAAAAGUUCACCUUCAUGAGAGGGUUUGUUGUGAGCUGAAGCAAGACAACUACUUUUUAAAUGGCAUACUUUGAGGUAAUAAAAACUGAUUGUCAAUGCUUUACAACUGUGCCAUAGGAAUAUGUGGGUCGUCAUCAAGCUUUUUGAUAGCUUGAGCUUGAUCUUUGCCAUUACAGACAUCUUAAAGAUUUCUUUUGUCUUGGAGUGGGUAUACUGUUUUACAAAUAUCUCUAUGGUUUUGUACAUAUUGUAAAUAGUUACCUGUGCACCAUUGUGAAGGUAUUAUCAGUGAUUUUCAUUUAUCCAAUUAUUUUAGUUGUUUACUCUCAUUUAAACUUGUCAUUCAACUUUCAGUGUCUUAUGCAUUAUAAUAAAGUCUCUUUAACAGUUGUUCUGUAUGUUUUAUUAAUGUUGCUUUUUUAUGUUUAUUUUAUUGUUCAAUGUGUUUAAACUGUUUUAGCUCCCACGAGCAUGAACUGUUUAAGCAAGAGUUGCCAAUGAUGUUCAUUGUUGUAUUUAACAUUUUGUCUUAACAUAUAAGUGCUGCUAUUUAAAUGGAGCAGCAAUUUAAGAAUAUGCUUUUGUUUUGCAUAACUCCUUUGUUCAGUGAAUUUCUGUUUGUACCUGUUGAGUAGAUUUAUUAAAUCCCAUUUGUCUUCAGGUCAAAAUGCGAUUGUGAAUAUGUUUUAUUACUGACCAGUUACAAUUCAAUAAUAAUUAAAAGCUCUGGUAUUGUAUUACAAUCAAAACUUUUAUGUUGACACUGAAAAGAAAACUUUUUCAAUAAAGCGAUUCUCUAACUUCAAGAGCUUUGUCAAAGUCCCUAGUUUUGGUAAGGGUUAAGCAUAUAUAAUUGGGCAUUCUCUUCAGAUGUAAAUAAUUGUUGAUUGAUUUGUUGAUCUUGCAUAGUUUAUUGAUGUUAUCUAUUGUUAUCUGAUCGUUAUGGUUCCCGGGUCAUCUGUUAUUCCACAACACCAGUACAGCAUGUGUUUUUGUCAUAUUAGAAUUACCACUUAGUGUACACAGUUUGUUUUAGUCAACAUGUUUGACUCUGUCAUAAUGUUAUUUAUAUGUUUUGAUUGUGUUUUUGUUCCAAUGUUAUUGAUUUACUUUUAAGGACAUACUUUAACUUAUUUGUGUUUGUUUAUUUAUUAUGUAAUUUCAUGUUUUCAAUUCAGUUUCUUUACUAGUAUUCUUCUUUGAUGUACAACUGCAGAAAACUGUUUUCAAACUGUAAGCAUGUUAUUUAAAUUUCCGUUGAUGUAAGCAAACAUGCAUUGUUUCCAUUGGUUAUAUGCUCAUAUAUACAUGCUCAAAUAUAUAUAUAUAAUAGAAACAUAAGAGACUUGGGUCCUGUUCAUGUUUAACCGCCAUCAAUCGCUAUAGUACGUACCUUAGGAUAAUGGACCUCAUGACUUAGUUUUUCUAUUUCAUUAUAAUGUUUAAUAUUGAUACAUAUACUUAACAUCACUUCAAGGUUGUAUGCAUUGUGUGCAUACAUGUUCAGUGUUAGGAUAAUGGACCUCAUGACUUAGUUUUUCUAUUUCAUUAUGAUGUUUAAUAUUGAUACAUAUACUUGACAUCACUUCAAGGUUGUAUGCAUUGUGUGCAUACAUGUUCAGUGUGUGAUUUUGUCAACUAUGUAUUAUUAUAGGUGGAAUGUGUGAUGUUUGUUUGGUGAAUGAUGUUUCCAGUUUGACAAUAAAUGACUUUCAAAAGUUCA